AUGGCAGCAGCAGGUGCCAAGGGUGCCAGAAGCGAGAGGCGAAACGGUGGAACCGCCCAAGCUAGCGGGCGAUGGGACGGAGGAGGAAGAAGAAGACGCAGAUGCAGCAGCAGCAGCAGCCAGAAAGCCAGAGAGCCAGAGAGCCAGAGAGCACGCAGGGAGUCGAAAGUGUUGAUGCUUUUCUUCUUCUGCUUCUGCUUCUGCUUCUUCUUGCAUCUCUCCCUCUCUCCCUGCUCGCUGCAGACUCUCUCUCACUGUCUGGCCGGUCUCUCGCAGCAAGGCUCCCUCCUCGCAGUCUCUCGGGUUAAGUCUUGCCCUGCAGUGAGCGACUUUGGCCUUGUUUAUUCACGCAUCGCUCGAGAACCAGCGCAAAAAAAAAAAAAAGGGACGCCCGUACAAAGAGGCUCUUUUCUCGCUCUCCGACACUCCAGCCGCCGUCCAUCACCAUCACCACCAGCAGCAGCGAAAAAGGAGAAGAAGCAGCAGCAGAGGACGAAGAGAAGGAGAAGCAGGAGGAGAAAAAGAAAAGCACUCCCUGGCCGUCCUUGUCUUUCUUCACCCCGUCCGCUCCCAUUCCCAACUCCACGGUUUCGGGGCCUUCCAUCGCUCAGCUCGCCCGGCGUUGGAACCACGCUCGAUAGCCUCAUUGGCUGUGCUCGCUUUUCCUCUGCGCAGUUCUGGGGGGUUGUGUUGGCCGCUGGUGUCUCUCUCUCUCUUACAAAACACCCUUGCUUCUCGUCUAUCUCGAUCAUACUCCGUCCUCCUCCUGAUUCAUUCACCCUGGCUGGCUGCUCGCUGACCAACGCACCACCCGUUGUUACUGCUCUUGUCGGCGGCCAUGGCGGACUCCAGGGACCCAGGGAAGCCCGGCGGCGACAAGGAGAAGGAGGAUACUCUCUCCAAGUACAUCCAGCGCAUGAAGACCGUCCUCAAGGGGCCUCGCAGAGCUGCAGACAUGGACAGGAGGUCAGUCUCCCUUCUUCUUCUUUCUACCUAUCUAUCUAUCUAUCUACGUACUUGGUGAUGCUAAUAUAUACUGGCUGCAGACCACAGCUGGCUGCUCGUCCUAGAGCCGCUGCUCCCGCAGACGCAGACCUCACCACAGACCCAGCAACAGCAUCUCCGGCUCCAGGUCAAGCUCAGGGUCAAGCUCAACCACCGCCAGCUCCUCGCCAGUGGACUUCGAUGCAGGAGGAGCGCGCCCGCGCCCUCUUCGCUAAGUACGGCCUCACCCUCGAACCAGGCGAAUGGAUCACCGGCCCUGCUACUGGCCUCACCUCCUCUCCGGCCGGGCCUACCUCUCACCCUACGACCAACGGCCUCACCAACAACAUCUCUGCCAGCAACAACCUGAACCAGGUCGAACGAGUCGAGAAGCCCAUUCGAAUGCGUGUUCGUCGCAACUGUCACCGCUGUCUGGCCACCUUUGGCGCUGACAAGGUCUGCGUCAAGUGUGAACAUACCCGAUGCAAGAAGUGCUUCCGCUACCCACCUUCAAAGUCAGAGACAGCUUCAUCCGAGCCCAAGAGGGAGCGGGCCCAGAAGAAGAUCGUUAACGUUGCUGCGGGUGCCGGUACUACAAACACAGCUGCAACAACCGCUGCCACCACCGCCAAUAACAACAACAACAAUACCGCAACACCAACACCAACUGCGACAACGGGGGCUGCUACUGCCGCCGCUUCUGCCGGUGGUGGUACUGCGAGUGCAGGUGGCACUCGCGACCGUGCAAGGGAGGAGGGACGAAAAACUUGCCCUGAGAAGAUUAUCUUGACCAUUCCCAGCCGGACGGGCGGACAGGACCUUGUGCGCAAGCCUGUUCGCCAGCGUGUGCGGCGAACCUGCCAUGUCUGCAAUACGUUAUUCGAAGGAGCUGCCACCGAGUGUCUGAAAUGCCACCAUCUUCGGUGCAAGAAGUGCCCCAGAGACCCGUAUGUCUUUGCCUCUCUCCAAGGCCUGGCCACUGCUUAG